UCCCCAAUCCAUACUUCUGAUCAACAAUCGAUUAUAUCCCAAAACCGCAGGGCGUCGAGAUUAUCGAAUCUUAAUCCAAUAAGAAACCGAAAUGUAUCAAAUUUGUCAAAUAUAAGUAUUCCCAAAGCCAUAAAUACCCCACCAAGUUUGAAAUCGCCAACGAUACUGGGGUUUGGCAAUGAAUACCAGUUAUCUCCCCAAUCAACAAACAUAUCGUAUCAUCAUCCACCACCAAUACCAGCGCUAUAUCAAACCAAUACCCAACAAAAUGAAGUGUUGGAAGACAGUUAUAAGUUAAUCAGAAUCGAAUCGAAUAAAUCAAUUAAUUCAAAUUAUUCAUUACAAUCACAGUAUAAAGUGAAUUUAAAUUUAAAUAAAAAGGAAAUUGAAUUAAUUAGAUACACUUGGAAUAUAAUGCUAUUGGAUGAAGAAAAUAGUGUCAGUGGAAAGAUCCCCGGUCUGUUCAAGAAAAAUAACGCAUCCACCAUUGCCAGCUCGUUAUUUUGUAGACAGUUUUAUUCAAAUCUAUUAUCAAUGAGUCCCGAGUUAGAAAAAUUGUUCCCUUCAAUAAAACAUCAGGCAGUGGCCUUUGCCGGGGUGAUGAGUUUUGCUAUUACCCAAUUGGAAAACUUAUCUAAUUUAGAUGAUUAUCUAAAUAAAUUAGGUAAAAGACAUUCUAGAAUCUUAGGUAUUGAACCAAGUCAAUUUGAAUUAAUGGGUGAAGCUCUCAUUGAAACUUUCCACGAAAGAUUUGGUUAUAAAUUUACUAGAGAAUUAGAAAUUUUAUGGAUUAAACUAUACCUCUAUUUAUCUAAUUCCUUAUUACAAUUUGGUAUCGAUCCAGUGCUCAAAUUUAAU